CAACGAGACAGGCAAAUGGAUAAGCCCUGUUUCAUUUUAUCUUCUUCCCUUAACACCUCACCGACUGGAUCCACCCAAUACAGUACUGCUGGCAUGGCCACACUUAACACCACCUCCUCCUCCUUCCAUUCCUCAGCUCUCCCAUAUCAUUUUUCUCUUUCUUCUUCGAAACCAAACAUUAGGUCGGGUGGUCGAGGAGUAAUCAGGUGCUGCGCAUUGAUGUCCUCCUCCACCACCUCAAAAUGGCAGGGUCAGAGCAGGCGUUCAUUGCUUUCCAACUCUCUACUUCUCUCUCACUUCCUUUUUGUCCCUAAUGAUGCUAUUGCUGGCAGUUUUUUCGAUAAUUAUGUGAAACGGAAAAAGCUUGAUCCACUAGAGGCUUAUGUGCCUGCUGUUAUAUUGACUGAGUUGCAGAUUAAGGAUUUAGAGAAAAUUCUGGAUGUUGAUCAGCCCCAAUUCGGCAACUAUCGAUCUUUAUUACGUUCUGGCCCGGCAGCAUCUCUUCGUGUAAAUAUUCGAGCAGUAGCACAAUAUGCUUCAGAUGCUGGAAAUGGUAACGCUGCUUUCAACAAUGUUGAUCAAUGUCUCAGUGCUUUGGAAGAACUCGAUUCCUUGCUUCUGCGUGCAUCAAGAAAUGAGCCAGAUGCUUCAGUUAAAUCGAUGAAGGCAAAAGUAGGAAUUGCCCUUGCUGCAAUGGAAAGCCUUCUCCAGACUGUCCCAUCUGAUGUGUUAGAUAAAGGGAAGGCUGUUGCGGAUGCUUACCGGACCCCAGAUGAAGACUCUGAAGCUGAAAUCUUAGACCCAGAAUUGAAGCAGUUGGAAUCAAUCUUAUGACAUAUUAUGAUCUUUCUUCUAUCCUUUCAUCUGUGUUUCCCCUCAGGUACUCGAGACGAAAGAGCAAUGAGAUCCAAAACUAAGAAAUUUUGUACCCAUCAUCAGUCUGCUGUCUUCAAAUAAUCGUAGCAACGUUUAUUAUCAUUACGCACCUACAGAGUUCCGAUUUUAUA